GAGGGGGGCAGGGAGGGAGGGAGGGGGCAGCGGACACACCGAGCAGCGCCGCGAGGCAUGUGAGCAAGAUAGGCGCCUGAGACUGCAGUAAAGGUUAUAGAAAAAUGAAAAUAAAAACUAGAUGAGAAUAGUUUUUUGAAGAAUGAACUCUAACUCACAGGAACAAGAAGGAAAACUGCAGACGCUUUCAUAGGUAGAUGCCGGAAAAUAUGGAGAAGUAUGAAAACCUGGGACUGGUAGGGGAGGGGAGCUAUGGAAUGGUAAUGAAGUGCAGGAACAAGGAUAAUGGAAGAAUCGUUGCUAUCAAAAAAUUUCUAGAGAGUGACGAUGACAAAAUGGUGAAGAAAAUCGCUAUGAGGGAAAUAAGGUUAUUAAAGCAACUGCGACAUGAGAAUCUGGUGAACCUGCUUGAAGUGUGCAGGAAGAAGAAACGGUGGUAUCUGGUCUUCGAGUUUGUGGAUAACACUGUACUGGAUGACUUGGAACAGUUCCCGAAUGGAUUAGGGUACAACAAAGUUAGAAAAUAUCUCUUCCAAGUCCUGCAAGGGAUGGGAUUCUGUCACAGCCACAACAUCAUACACCGUGACAUUAAACCGGAGAACAUCUUGGUGUCUCAGUCAGGUGUGGUUAAGUUGUGUGAUUUUGGCUUUGCUCGGACACUAGCAGCUCCUGGAGAGGUUUAUACGGAUUAUGUGGCCACACGCUGGUACAGAGCCCCUGAGCUCUUAGUUGGGGACACCAAGUAUGGCAAGGCCGUGGACAUGUGGGCGAUAGGCUGCCUGGUGAUGGAGAUGUUGACAGGAGAACCGCUCUUCCCUGGUGACUCUGAUAUCGAUCAAUUAUAUCACAUAAUGAAAUGCUUUGGCAGUUUAACCCCCAGACUCCAGGAGCUCUUCUAUAAAAACCCUCUCUUUGCUGGACUGCACCUGCCUGACAUCAGAGCCAUUGAACUGCUUCAAAAUCGAUAUCCGAAACUUUCCCCUUUAGUGUUAGACUUAGUGAAGAAAUGUUUACAAAUUGAUCCCGAUAAAAGACCCGCCUGCACAGAAUUAUUACACGAUAACUAUUUCACUAUAGAUGGAUUUUCCAAAAGAUUUUCCCAAGAUGCUCGAAAUCAGAGGGGCCUGAGAGAGAACCUUACGAUGUCCAAGAAGUCAAAUAUUGGGAAAAGAAAUAAAGAUUAUCCCUCAGGAGAAGAGCACAAGUCGUUCAGUUCAAAGGAGUCAAGUUCUGACGUCAAGACAAAAGAAAUUAAAUCUGACACCAAGCUGCUGAAAACAAAACCAUCCAAAGUGGAGGCUGGGCAGAUGGACCGAGCUUUGAAUGACAUGAACGAGCGGGCUGCUGACAGUGGAGCUCUGCAGGGUUUCGGUCCCAGCAAGCUGGUAUCCCCUGCACUGCUCAGAGAGCUGAGCAGCAGCAUCAAUCACACAAGCUCACCACCCAGCAAUGGCAUCCCUCCUAUUCCUCAGAACCCUCCUCCUGUCACAACCGCAGGCAUCAGGGUCAGCCUGAGCCCUGGUGUCGCUGUGUCAACACAACCCAGCUUCAGGGUCAACAACAAGUUGAAGAAACACAUAAACCCCCUGAAAAAAGCAAACCAGCCACCUCCAUCCAACUCGCACAGCAUGAGCCUGAACGGGCCGGUAAGCCAGGGACUCUCCACACGAAGGGCUGCCUCACAGCAGUAUUGCUCAGUUCAACAUGAGAAACUGGAACGAGCCACAAUGAUGGAAAGGGUGGGAAUCACAGGCAAGAAGAGGUGGGAGCUCUUUAAAUCUGAGAAGGAGGUUCAUUUGCUGGCCAACAGCAGUCAUCUGCCAGAGCUGAGAGGAGCAGAAGCCAAGCAUUCUAAACCCAAGAAGGAGAACAAGAGAAUCCCAGAAUCCAGAAUUCCCUCUCUGGCUGCCAUGGACAUACCUCAUCAACACAGUCUGGCUUCCCAAAGCUCAUUAACUUCUCAGCAUGAAUCCACAGAGGGCGGCCUUCCCCACAUGGAGCACUUGAAUCUGCUUUCCCUUCCGUAUGGGAGCCCCUGAUCGUGAUGGACAUACCAACUCCAGCUUCCCCAUUCAAGGCUAACUACAGCACAGGAUGGUUUUGGUGGUGACUCACAUUCCUGAGGGAGGGCUCAGUGUGCCAGUUAAUGCACUUUCGUUUACAGCAAACUUACACAGCUCAGCCUAGAAAAUCAGCUAUUCCCCCACCACCCCAGUUAUCUAUUUGUAGUUUGACAAGUGACAAUGACUCCUUAUAUACAUAUCUAUAUAUAUAUAUAUAUAUAUAUAAAGGGUUGAGUGGACGGGGGUCUGUGAGAAAUCCCUUCCUGACUUGGAGGAUUUCCCCAUACAGAACAGAGAGAGAAUGCGAGCGAGGGCAAAAGUAAGACAAAAAGAAACUGAGACAAAAAUAAAAUAAAAAGAUAGAAAAUUGGUGAGAAAGAAUUCAAAGACUCGAGGAGGGUGGUGCAGUCAGACAGACAGAAGGAUUUAGUUUUGCUCAAGGUGAAGUACGGUUGGUGUGGCUGCUUUCACUAACACCUGUGACCAUGGUUCACAGAUGAGUGCAGAGAGCAAAUGUAGUCAAGUCAUUCAACACAAGGGACAUGACAGCUGAGCCUGAUCCUGACGUGUCCUGAAACACAGAAUUACAAACACUGCUCACUGCACUGUGCUUAAACCUCUGACACUUGAGUAAGUCUUACACCAAUCACUAAAAAAAUUAGGCCUUUAUAAUGGUACUUCCCAACCAGUGCUCUACAUUACAACAUGUCUGGACCUGGGCUUGUUUCUGCAUUUGUAUGACCUCUUAUGCUGUUGGAGGGAGACACUAAGUGGAGGCUCUUCUUCCUGUCUUCUACCCUCCCACUCCCAAGUAUGUGCACACACACAACACACACACACACAACCAAACUCUCACACACACACUUAUAUAAACAUGCAGAUUUUCACACUCACUCGCACACCCAGUAGCAAGCAUGCACAUUCUCAUACACAC